CAUGUUGGACGCCUUCCGACCUGAGGGGCUCAUCUUCCAGCGUCAUAACUUUUAUACACCUGUUGUCUUUGUCCAUGGAGUUUUCUUGGCAGGGAUACUGGAGUGGCUUGCCGGUUCCUCCUCCAGGUGGAUCACGUUUGGUCAAAACUCUCCACUAUGACCUGUUCAUCUUGGGUGCCCUGCUCGGCAUAGUUCAUAGCUUCUCUGAGUUCUUCAAGCCCCUUCGCCACGGCAAGGCAGUGAUCCAUGAAGGGGCAUGGGAGGAAUUAAAGAACCUUUUAAUGAGGGUGAAAGAGGAGAGCGCAAAAUAUGGUCUGAAGCUCAACAUCAAAAAAACGAAGAUCAUGGCCACUGGUCCCAUCACCUCCUGGCAAAUAGAAGGGGAAGAAAUGGAGGCAGUGAGAGAUUUUACUUUCUUAGGCUCCAUGAUCACUGCAGAUGCUGACAGCAGUCACAAAAUUAAAAGACGCCUGCUCCUUGGGAGAAAGGCGAUGGCAAACCUAGACAGCAUCUUAAAAAGCAGAGACAUCACCUUGCCAACAAAGGUCCGUAUAGUUAAAGCUAUGGUUUUCCCAGUAGUGAUGUAUGGAAGUGAGAGCUGGACCAUCAAGAAGGCUGAUCGCCAAAGAAUUGAUGCUUUUGAAUUAUGGUGCUGGAGGAGACUCUUGAGAGUCCCAUGGACUGCAAGAAGAUCAAGCCUAUCCAUUCUUAAGGAAAUCAGCCCUGAGUGCUCACUGGAAGGACAGAUCAUGAAGUUGAGGCUCCAAUACUUUGGCCACCUCAUGAGAAGAGAAGACUCCCUGGAAAAGACUCUGAUGUUGGGAAAGAUGGAGGGCACAAGGAGAAGGGGGUGACAGAGGACAAGAUGGUUGGACGGUGUUCUCGAAGCUACAAACAUGAGCCUAACCAAACUGCGAGAGGCAGUGGAAGACAGGAUUGCCUGGCGUGCUCUGGUCCAUGGGGUCACGAAGAGUCGGACACGACUAAAU